CUUGAAAAACGGAUAAGAAAAUCAGCAAAACUGCGGCAGACUACUCUGAUUUGCUGAAUAAAAAAUUCUGAGCUCCGGCGGCCGCCGUCGCAUGGACAAAGAUCCGUAUUAGUAGCAGCUAUGGCAAAUGUCUCACUCACCUCAGCCGCCACUCAUAAUUGCUGGACCUUCAAUCCUAUCCACACAUUCCCUAUUUCUAGGGCUGCUUUCCCCAAUUCCUCUGCAUUCCGAUUUUCUCAGCCUCGAAGAGCCACAAUUAUCAUGUCUACCUCAAGCAAAAGCACUGUUCUUGUCACCGGUGCCGGCGGUCGAACUGGGCAAAUUGUUUACAAGAAACUAAAGGAGAGGGUGGAUCAGUAUACUGCAAGGGGUUUGGUACGAACACCGGAGAGCAAGGAGAGCAUCGGUGGUGAAGACGAUGUUUACGUUGGGGAUGUAAGAGAUGCUGAUAGCAUUGUUCCAGCUAUUCAGGGGAUUGAUGCUCUUAUAAUUCUCACUAGUGCUGUGCCGAAGAUAAAACCUGGCUUCGACUUCUCUCAAGGUGGAAGGCCAGAAUUCUAUUUUGAAGAAGGAACAUUUCCCCAACAGGUUGAUUGGAUUGGGCAAAAGAACCAAAUAGAUGCUGCUAUAGCUGCUGGAGUGAAGCAGAUUGUUUUAGUUGGAUCAAUGGGAGGAACAAAUCCAAAUCACCCUCUAAAUAGCCUGGGAAACGGAAAUAUCUUGGUUUGGAAGAGAAAGGCCGAACAAUAUCUGGCUGACUCGGGAAUACCAUACACCAUAAUUCGGGCUGGAGGUCUGCAAGAUAAAGAUGGCGGUAUAAGAGAGCUGCUGAUUGGAAAAGACGAUGAACUUCUUGAGACAGAAACAAAGACAAUCGCAAGGGCUGAUGUUGCAGAAACCUGUAUUCAGGCACUAAGCUUUGAGGAGGCAAAAUUCAAAGCUUUUGAUCUCGCUUCUAAGCCUGAGGGAUCCGGUACACCAACCAAGGAUUUUAGGGCUCUAUUUUCUCAAGCCACUUCUCGUUUCUGAUUAAACAUCGUCUGUUUUCGUACAAGAGUCAUUUCUUUCACCAUGACCGAUUAAUUCUUCUUAGUCUUUUCAUUCGCAAUAAGAGGUUUCACAGAUGAGAGGUAUUAUUCCCAGAUAUUCAGCAAUUCUUCUGCACUGCUGCUAGCACAUGUAAAUUAUGUGUAACCUUCUAUGAUCAUAACCUGGAUAUUAUAGUGUGAA